GGCAGCAUUACGUUAAUGUCCUGUGGAGGGCAGCACUGCCAGCACUACGGCUUCUGCUCUACCGGAAGUGUAAAAGAAGUGGAAGAAGAAGCACUACCAUUCACUUCAACAGGAAAGAUGGAAGAAUACCCCUCUAAACAAGUAGCAGAAAACCUCGACGAUCCCCCAAAUAGUCGUCUUUUCGUGGUCACAAGUCGCUCUGUAACCGAGGAUGAGCUACGGGAAAGUUUCUCCGUAUUUGGGGACAUCCAGGGGGUCUGGGUUGUCAAAGACAAGCAGACAAAGGAGUCCAAAGGAAUCGCCUAUGUGAAGUUCGCUAAGUCCUCGCAUGCCUGCUUGGCAAUGGAGGAAAUGCACGGCAAAGUGUUGAUGGACGGGACGAAACCCAUCAAGGUGUUCAUCGCCCAGUCACGAUCCUCAACAAGACACAGAGAUGUUGAAGACGAGGAGCUGACAAGGAUCUUUGUCAUGAUCCCCAAAACCUUCUCAGAGGAGGACCUGAAAGACACAUUUAAGGAAUACGGUGAUAUUGAGUAUUGUGUGAUCAUCAAGAAUAAGACCACUGGAGAAAGUAAAGGACUGGGCUAUGUGAGAUACUAUAAGCCCUCCCAAGCUGCCGUCGCUAUAGAGAACUGUGACAAAACUUACAGGGCCAUCCUGGCUGAGCCUCGCACCAAGACUGCAGCUACAGAAGACUACAGCGGUGGAGCACCCAGAGGUGAUUACAUGGGCGGAGGUGACACCAUGAACCAGUACGCCUUUCCUAUGGUUCCUCCUCAUACAGCUGAUCCCGGCAACUAUCAGGUGAUGGACUACCGCUCCGGUGAUUUCACACGGUGCCUGAUGAUCUCAACACGGGCGGCGCUUACCCAGGAGCAGAUUUUUUCUCUGUUUGACCUCAUUCCUGGCAUGGAGUACUGUGAACUGCAGAGAGACGCUUAUGGGAUGAGUAAAGGUCAUGCUUUGAUUCGCUACAGUAACUUGGGAUCAGCUCUCUACGCCAAGGAGAAGAUGAAUGGCUUUGAAUAUCCUCCUGGAAACAGACUGGUGGUGAACUUUGUUGAUGACGGGGAAGACCGAAGCAGUCCUGUAGGUCGUAUGGCCAUGCAGUUGGUUGCAGCCCAGAUGAUGUCCGCAGUGUGGAACGGACCCUCCUCCAGCCAAGUGAUGAAGCCUCCAGGUUUCGCUCCAAUCUCCAACAUGUCCCGCGUCCAGACAGAUGUUAACCUGCCCUCUAUGAAGAAGCUCGCUCCGCCUGACAGCAAGACUAAGGAGCGCUUGUUUGUUGUGUUCAGCCCCUCCCCGCUGCCUAUGGAUGUUUUGGAGGAUGUUUUCUGUCGCUUUGGUUCCCUCAUUGAGGUCCAUUUGGUCCCUGGAAGAAAGGUCGGAUACAUGAAGUACGCAGACAAACAGUGUGCUGACGAGGCCAUGGCAGUGCUCCACGGUCGGGUUGUAAAUGGGGUGAAGAUGAAGGUGAUGCUGGCCGAUCCUCCCAGAGAAGAAUCUCAUAAACGACCUCGUACCUACUAGAACUCGUGAGACAAAAUGACCGGCGACUGUUGUCAUGACACAAUGACACCUGACCUGACAGACCGACCCACCGACAGACAUCAAGACCGUCUCCCGACCUCUGACACGACCUUUGACACCUGUCUGACCGAAACCUUCUGCUCAGUGACCGCGUAGUGACUCACUGAAAACACAUUAACAAGUGCACCGUAGCAUCUACUGCUAAAGUGAAGUCUUACCUAUCUACUGUCUGUGAACAGCCGCAACAAUGUAAGUGUGUGUAGUUCGUGCUCAGUGUCAAGCUUUUACGCUUCAUUUAAAAGUACAUAAUCACAGCCAUGACACUGCUGCACUAACUGUUUUAUAAUUAGAGCAGUAACACUCAGUCUGCUGAAGAAACCUGAGUUUAAAGAUCUGAAGAGUUUUGUUUCAAGUUAUUGGCCACGUUUUCUUCUUCAAACAUGGGCAGAACAGGGUUUGUAAAGUUGAAUCUGGACAACUUUGUUUUUACAGAUCUGGUCCUUUCUUUGUUUUCCUUUGUGUACUGUCCUGUUUUCCCAUGUUAAGAUCCCAUGUAUUAAUCAGACUGUGAGCUCUUUGUCUCUGCAUAAAUAAAGAUCAGUUGCACAUUCA